AUGUAAGAAAAAGUCGAAAGAAGCAGAUUCAUAAGUUGUCAAGAAGAAAAUGUCAUACAAACUGAUUUAUUUUAAUAGCAAAGCUCUUGGUGAGCCAAUUCGAUUUCUUCUGGCUUAUGGUGACAUUGAAUAUGAAGAUUUUAGAAUUGAUUUCUUGAAACAAUGGCCAACAUGGAAUAAAGAAUCAUUCCCUUUCCACCAAAUUCCUAUUUUGGAAGUUGAUGGGCUGCAAAUGAAUCAAUCGUUGUCAAUUUGUCGAUUUCUUGCGAAAAGAGUUGGACUUGUUGGAUCAAAUGACAUUGAAGAUUAUUUAAUCGAUAGUAUGAUCGAUAACAUCAACGAUUUCCGAUGGAAUUUUGCAAUAAUGCAUUACGAAACUGAUCCAAGCAUUCAAGAAAUUAAAAGGAAAGAAUUACAUGACAAGACAAUUCCAUUUUAUCUUGAAAAACUUGAAAAGAUUGCCAAAGAUGGAAAUGGACAUUUUGCAUUGAAACGUUUAACUUGGGUUGAUGUCUACUUUGCUGGUGUUAUUGAUUAUCUCAACUUUAUGGCAAAGAAAGAUUUGUUGACUAAUUGCCCCAAUCUCCAAAAAGUCGUUGAUAAUGUGCUCGCACUUGAAAAAAUCAAAAAAUGGGUUGAAAAACGACCAAAGACAAUUUCUUAAUCAUUUCAUUUGAUUCAAAAAUGUUGAACAAUUUUCCGAGACGUUUCCUUCUACACCUAGAAACACUAGAGGCACUCGGGAAGCUUCCAUUGUUGUAAAUAAAUAAAUCA